UAUCACGUAUUUGUCUUUCGUUUUCAAACCCAUCUGUUAAUAUUUAAUCGAACUGGAGUGUGACUAUCAAAUCAAAGAUAAACAAGGUUGCGUAUUUGCAACAAGCGAGAUAAUGAUCAAAAACGAAUAGCGUCCCGCUUCAAUCGUGCACAUGCACGUUUUAAAUGUUUGAAUUAUACACCUAUGUGCUGUGUAACCGCGUCAUUCGUUGAUUUUCACUUUGAAGACCUGCGUAUUAUUAUUGUUAGUAUUAUAAUGACCUGUAAACAAGUAUGGACUCUUGCGCUGGGAAGACGUUUCACGUGCCACGUAUUUAUAACUUAAUCCGCUUUGCAUGGUCGUCGAGGCGACCCACAAGAUAUAGCAGAGAGUUCUUAUGUUAUUGUGAGAGUACACAUAUUCAUUGUGUAAACAAUAACCUAUUGAAACAGCACAAGGAAUCAAAUACAAGAAGGUCAGACUGCUGCGCGUGCGCGGUUUCUGCUGAAAACUACCAGAAACUGGUUUUAAUUAUAAACAGCUUAUGCUAAUAUUUAUAAGGAAUCCAUUCGAAAAUGUGUCUGUUAUCAGCAUUUUCCACAGGUUUUGUUUUGCUGUUCAGCCAUUUAUAGCUAUUUAAGGCACAGUGUAUGACCCAGCUGUCUCCUUGUGCACAUGCCAAACAAAGUGCAGGCACUCAAUGGACGCCUUCUUCAGUCACUCCCCCUGUCAUUUGGAUCGCUGCGGUUUGCCAGUUCUUCCUUUAAGUUUGCGGAUCUUACCAUAGAGAGGAACCUUGAACCGAAGCCAAAGCCAGACCCCUCCACGCUGGUGUUUGGCAAGCAGUUUUCAGACCACAUGCUGACCAUCAAUUGGUCGGCAGCUGGAGGAUGGGAAAAGCCUGCGAUCAAGCCCUUCCAGAAUCUGUCCCUUCACCCUGCAUCUUCAGCCCUGCAUUACUCUAUAGAGCUCUUCGAGGGCAUGAAGGCAUUUAGAGGAGUAGAUAAUCACAUCCGUCUCUUCAGGCCCAUGUUGAAUAUGGAGCGCAUGUACCGCAGUGCUGUAAGAUGCUGCCUGCCUACAUUUGAUAAAGUGGAACUGCAGGAGUGUAUUAAGAAGCUGGUCGAGGUCGAUCAAGAAUGGGUACCGUAUUCCACAGACGCCAGUCUGUACAUUAGACCAACAUUCAUAGGAAUUGAGCCUUCUUUAGGUGUGGCACGAGCAGGUCAUGCUUUGCUCUUUGUCAUUAUUGGGCCGGUUGGACCUUAUUUUGCGACUGGAGGGUUUAGUCCUGUGUCACUUCUGGCAGAUCCACGUUAUGUUCGGGCCUGUAGAGGAGGUGUUGGGGAAUACAAAAUGGGGGGUAACUAUGGACCGACAAUUGCUGUUCAGAGUGAGGCAGCAAAGAAGGGCUGUCAACAGGUCCUCUGGCUUUAUGGAGACGAUGAGGAGAUCACUGAGGUCGGGACUAUGAAUCUCUUCAUUUAUUGGACCACAGAGAAAGGAGAGAAGGAGCUGGUCACCCCUCCACUAGAUGGCAUCAUUCUUCCAGGAGUCACCCGGCAAUCUCUGCUGGAUCUUGCAAGAGAAUGGGGGGACUUCAAAGUGACCGAGCGCAAAAUAGUAAUGAAGGAGCUGAUAAAUGCUUUAAAUGACGGACGGGUUCUCGAAGUGUUCGGCUCUGGUACCGCAUGUGUGGUUUGUCCCGUUGGCAGCCUGCUCUACAGAGAAAAGACCUACCAAAUUCCUACAAUGCAGAAUGGUCCAGAUCUUGCUAAAAGGUUCCAUAAAGAACUCACCGAUUUGCAGUAUGGACGCAAGCAAAGGGACUGGGCACCACUGGUUGUCUGAUUGGUUCGAUUUGUUGAUGUCUUUGCCUGAAAAAUGGCCAGAUCUCGUGUCUAAAACCUCAUCUCAUGUAUUAGUGUGUGGACUUGAAAUAGGGAUGUUAUUCUACAGUAGCAACCUCUCUAAGUGAGUAAUCAUGUAUUAAACAUAUGCAGUCUUUUAAAACAACCUAACAUAUUACUUGCUUAGAGAUCUGUAUGGCACAAUUUAGCAGUGAUUGUCCUGUUCAGCACAAGCAUUAUAAGCAAUGUAUAAGUAACUUGGAAGAAAGGCACAAUACGUAAAUGUAUUUUUUUUUUCUUGCAGUAGCCUACUUACUUGUCCAGUUUAUACAUUUUUCAUACUUCCAUCCUAAACUUCAAAGGUUUCUUGUUGUAUCCAAAGUGACUGAAAAGUUGUUUAAUAUUUUUCCAUAAACACUUAACUGUAAUAACAUUAUAACUUUUAUAUAGAGGGUAUGGUGCUAAGAUAUUAUAGGCAGUUGAAAAGUAGCACAAUUCUGCACAUAGUCAUUUUAAUGUGAAUAUAUAUUUGCACAACUGCUUGUUUAGAGAGGACGGUUAAGAAAGAAAAAAAGUUAAGCUGCUUUUUAAAAAAUGCAGCAGUGGCAGUAAGAUUGACCUAAAUGUUCUAAGUCAAAAACAUUAAAGUGUAAAUUAUUGUGUAUGUCCAAAAAAUCAUGUGCUACUACAAGGACAAUAUAUUUUUACCUUGGAGCUUAAACUGAUCUAAUACACGCACUGAAUGGCUAAAGAUGCACAAAGGUCCUGAUAGCAUCUCUGCAGAUCAUUAGAAAGAGUCCUGGUGUAAGGAUUAUUAAGUGCACUAUAGGCUGGUGAUCUAUAUGAUAUUUGGAACAAUGAUGUGAUCUGUAUGUGUGUGUAAUAUCAAAUAGCUUUGAGGUUUGAGAAUGUAUCGGUUUUAACUUAUUUCUGCAGUUGUUUUAAUAGUUAUACGGUUAGAAUUCCUGUUUUUUUACUGUUUGAUCUGUUACCUUUUGGGGUUCAUUUUAGACCUGUAUUUUAAACCUAUGUGUACACUCCACAUCUUCUGUAAGUGCCUGAUGGAGGUGGCUGUUACUUUCUAUGUUGAUCUAUGUAUCAUUUGCAUUUGUCAGUUAUUUUACUGUGGGUUCUGCUGCUGUUGUGUUCACAAUUUAUUUGUUUUGGUAUUUGGGGUUGAUUUUCUUCGAUCACGGUUUUUACAAAUAAAUUCAAUUUGCGUCCACAUAAA